GGGCGGAAGGAUGAUGGGCCGGUCUGUGGAGAAUUACAAUACCAUGUCAUCUAUUAAUGUAUUCCCUGUCCCCACUACUUCUACCAACAUUACAAUCACCUCAACUCCUACAGCAACAAUUACUACCAUUCCUACAAACAAUGCUAUAAAUACACAACAACAACAACAACAACAACAACAACAACAACAACAACAGCAGCAGCUGUCAUCUUCACCAGCAUCAGGUAGUACAGCGUCCGCACCAAUCCCGGGUAUAAUUCAAUUCGAUUCCCAGCAGAUGGAAGAGUUUGUCAAAUUCCACCGGGCAGAGAUUCGAGAAGCGACAGACUGUACGAAGCGAGAGUCUAAACUGGUGGCCAACAUUUCACUUGACUUGUCUUCCAACCAAGAUUAUGAGGGUGUUGAGAUGUCAAGUGAUGACCCACAAUCACAUCGGAUAGCUCUCCAUCGCAAAGUCAAGAGUAGUCACCAAUUUCAAAAAUAUCUUUUGGAUCUUGACGAUAUUUUGGAACGUAAAAUGGCAGCAGUUGAAGCACUAAGGGAUCGGAUCAGUGAAACUGUGAGUCAAGUCGAAUUGUAAAUCUAGUAUAUCAUUAGUAUAAUUAUUGUUACUAUUACUGUUAUUACUAUCACUAUCACUAUCACUAUCACUGUCACUGUCAAUGUCACUGUUGUUAUUAUUAUUAUUACUUCUUCCCUCCAAAAGAAGAAAAGAAAAGAAGGAUUUUAGCGUAACGAUGACAACAAAAUUCAUUUA